GCGCCCCCGCCCCCCGCCCCCGGGGACCCCGCCAUGAGCGGGGGCGAGGUGGUCUGCGCCGGGUGGCUGAGGAAGUCGCCCCCCGAGAAGAAGUUGAGACGCUACGCGUGGAAGAAGCGCUGGUUCGUGCUGCGGAGCGGGCGGAUGAGCGGGGACCCCGACGUGCUGGAGUACUACAAGAAUGACCGGUCCAAGAGACCCCUGCGCGUCAUCAACCUGAGCCUGUGCGAGCAGGUGGACGCCGGCCUGGCCUUCAGCAAGAAGGAGCUGCAGGACAGCUUCGUGUUCGACCUCAAGACCGGCGAGCGCACCUUCUACCUGGUGGCCGAGACGGAGGAGGAGAUGAGCCAGUGGGUGCAGAGCAUCUGCCAGAUCUGCGGCUUCAACCAGGCCGAGGAGAACGCGGAUGCCCCGUGGAACGCCCGCGCCGGGCCUCGACCCUCCCCGGCCCCGGCGGCCGCCGAGCCCGGCGGCGCGGCCUCCCCUCAGCCUCCAGUCCUGCUCCCCGAGCGCAAAUCUUCGGCCCCGGCCGCCCACUCCAGCCAGCCCGCGCUCUUCACCUUCGACGCCGCCCCCGGCCGGGCCCAGGCCCAGGCCCCUCUGUCCACCAGCGCCCCCCAGGACUACCUCUUCCUGCACCAGUGCGUCAGCCGGCGCGCCGAGAACACCAGGAGCGCCAGCUUCUCUCAGGGCACCAGGUCUUCGUUCUUCCCGCGGAGCGACGGCGCCGGGCAGAAGCCGGCCCAGGGCAACGGCCACUGCGUGAACGGGGCGGGGGGACCAGUCCACGGCUUCUACAGCUUGCCCAAGCCCAGCCGGCACCACUCCGACCUCCGGGAUGGGCCCUGCAACCUCCCCAGGAGCCCGGGCUCCUCCUCCGGGCCCCCGGCUGGCCUCGCGGGCCCCGAACCCGACCCGGAGGAGGGGUCCGGCCUCCAGGCCUCCGGCCUCGCCUUAGGCCGCGAGCUCGGGGACCUGUCUCUGGACUCCUCGGAAGGCCCCGCCGCCCCGCUCUCCACCUACCAGAUUCCCAGAACUUACGCCCUCGACAAGAACCACAACGCUCUGGGGGUCGACCCCCCUCCGCGGCCCCCCAAACCGGGGCAGACGGAGUCGCCCCGGCGGGGCAGCCCCCAGCAGCGGCCCCAGAACGGCGAGGGCGGCCGGGCGGUCUCGGCGGCCACCACCAUCCCCCGGCGGAACACUCUGCCGGCGGUGGACAACAGCCGGCUGCACCGAGCCUCCUCCUGUGAGAUGUGCGAAUACCCCCAACCCAGCCCCGGGAGUGGUAGCGUGGGCCGCUCGGUCGAGUCGGUGAACGACGGCUUCGGCUCCUACCUGCGAGCCAAAGCGGUGCUGGGCCGCUCGGACAGCGGCGCCUCGGAUGACAACUACGUCCCCAUGAACCCCGGCUCGGCCUCGCUGCUCCAGGCGGACAGGGGGACCGAGAGCCCCCAGGGCCUCUACAUCCCCAUGAGCCCGGGCCCACACCGCCUGGACCUCCUGGGCUUCUCGGGCAACAGGGGCAGUCCCAGGGCGCAGAGCCAGCGGCCCGGCCGGGGGGGCGAGGUCCAGCCGCCCCCCGUCAACCGCAACCUCAAACCGGACCGCAAAGCCAAGCCCACCCCCCUGGACCUCAGGAACAACGCCAUCAUCGACGAGCUGCCCUUCAAGUCCCCGGUGACCAGGUCCUGGUCCAGGCCAACCCAAACCUUCACCUGGGGCUGCUCCCAGGCCCGCCGGCCGGUCUCCAGCCAGAGCGUCACCAGCACGGACUCCGGGGACAGCGAGGAGAACUACGUUCCCAUGGUGAGCCCCCCGCCCCCCGGCCCGCCCCCCGAUCGAUCAGUCCGCGAUCGAGCACGUAGCGCGUGCAGAGCACUGUACUAAGCGCUCGGGAGAGCGAGGUAUAACAGAGCUGGAAGAUGCAAUGCCCUCUCACGGGCCCUCCGCGAUCUAGAGGACGAGCUUCCGCCAGCGACAGAUAAGGGAC